UCGGCAAUCGGCUAUGCAUGUCUUACAGCGAUUGCGCGUCAUUGGCAUCGGCUUUUGAGUUACACAGGAUCGCAAACAAGGUCAAAGGACAUUUCCAUGUCCUCCGCGGUCUGGAGGAAAGAUGGACAACACGGGCUACUGCGGCGAGAGCUUCAACAGCCUGCAGAGCGGAACCAGCGAUGAGGACCUGGUGGAGAUCGCAGGAGCCACGCUCGACUUCUCCAGCACAGACGAUGUGCCUCCUCUGGACCGCGACUACGGCUCAGGUGUUUCUUAUGGAGCUGGAGAGGGGCCCAAUGGCAUUCCUAAACUGAUGGAUCUGCUUGAUGAGCCAGUGCCUGGAGUUGGCACAUAUGAGGACUUUAACACUAUUGAUUGGGUCCGCGAGAAAUCUAAAGACAGGGAUCGCCACCGAGAGAUCGCCAUCAAGAGUAAAGAGUCAACCUGGGCUCUGCUGAAGAGAAUCAGUGAUGCCUUCUCCGGCUGGCUCCUCAUGCUGCUCGUCGGACUGAUGUCAGGUGCUCUGGCGGGUGGGAUCGACAUCUCUGCCCACUGGAUGACGGAUCUGAAGGAGGGAGUGUGUCUGAAUGGCUUUUGGUUUAACCAUGAGCACUGCUGCUGGAACUCCAAUGAGACCACCUUCCAGGAAAGGGACAAAUGCCCCAAAUGGAAAAGUUGGGCAGAGCUCAUUGUGGGCACCAAUAGCGGCCCUUUUGCCUACAUUAUGAAUUACCUAAUGUAUGUGUCCUGGGCCCUGCUUUUCUCUUUCCUGGCUGUGUCUUUAGUCAGGGCCUUUGCUCCAUAUGCAUGUGGCUCUGGAAUACCUGAGAUCAAGACCAUCCUGAGUGGGUUUAUCAUCAGGGGAUACCUGGGUAAAUGGACUCUCAUGAUUAAAACCAUCACCCUUGUGCUGGCUGUGUCAUCUGGACUCAGUCUGGGCAAAGAAGGACCUCUGGUUCAUGUGGCCUGCUGCUGUGCUAACAUCUUAUGCCAUCUCUUCACCAAAUACCGCAGGAACGAGGCAAAGAGACGAGAGGUAUUGUCUGCCGCAGCAGCUGUUGGUGUGUCUGUAGCUUUUGGCGCACCGAUUGGUGGAGUUCUCUUCAGUCUGGAAGAGGUGAGUUAUUACUUCCCCCUGAAGACUCUCUGGCGCUCUUUCUUUGCUGCACUGGUGGCAGCCUUCACCCUUCGCUCCAUCAACCCGUUUGGUAACAGCAGGCUGGUGCUCUUCUAUGUGGAGUUUCACUCCCCCUGGCAUUUGCUGGAGCUCAUACCGUUCAUCCUGCUGGGUAUAUUCGGGGGGAUCUGGGGUGCAUUCUUCAUCCGGGCCAACAUUUGGUGGUGUCGGCGACGUAAGACCACUCGUCUGGGCCAUUACCCUGUACUGGAGGUGCUGGUUGUGACAGCAGUCACGGCUGUGUUGGCGUUUCCCAACAGCUACACGCGCAUGAGCACCAGUGAGCUGAUCUCAGAGCUGUUCAAUGACUGUGGCUUGCUGGAUUCCUCGCAGCUCUGUAACUACUCCAAUGUGAGCGUCACCAAGAGCAGCAGUGAUGCUCUGCCGGACAGACCUGCGGGACCUGAUGUCUACACCGCCAUGUGGCAGCUCUCGCUCGCACUCAUCUUCAAGAUGCUCAUCACUGUGGUGACCUUCGGCAUGAAGUUGCCCUCUGGUCUUUUCAUCCCCAGUAUGGCAGUGGGAGCAAUCGCAGGCAGGCUGCUUGGUGUGGGCAUGGAACAGUUGGCAUAUUACCACCACGACUGGGUGAUCUUCAGAGGCUGGUGCUCACCUGGAGCAGACUGCAUCACCCCCGGCCUCUAUGCAAUGGUGGGUGCUACUGCGUGCUUAGGCGGUGUGACCCGUAUGACCGUCUCACUGGUGGUCAUCAUGUUUGAGCUAACAGGUGGUCUGGAAUACAUCGUGCCUCUCAUGGCUGCAACCAUGACUAGUAAAUGGGUGGCAGAUGCUCUGGGUCGAGAGGGCAUCUACGAGGCCCACAUUCGACUCAACGGUUACCCCUUCCUAGAGUCGAAGGAGGAAUUUAGCCACAAAACGCUAGCCAUGGAUGUGAUGCGACCCCGCCGGAGCGACCCACCUCUGUCUGUAAUCACGCAGGAUGGCAUGAAUGUGGAGGAAGUGGAGUCACUUAUUGCUGAAACGUCAUACAGCGGUUUUCCUGUGGUGGUCUCGCAUGAGUCUCAAAGACUUGUGGGCUUUGUGCAGCGCAGGGAUUUGGUCAUCUCUAUUGAUAAUGCUCGCCAGCGUCAGGAAGGUGUCGUUAGCGCCUCCCGAAUCUUCUUUACGGAGUACACACCACCACAGCCACCCAACAGCCCUCCACCAUUGAAGCUCCGCGGCAUCAUGGAUCUCAGCCCAUUCACCGUUACAGACCACACUGCCAUGGACAUCGUGGUGGACAUCUUCCGAAAGCUGGGCCUGCGCCAGUGUCUCGUCACUCACAACGGGCGUUUACUGGGCAUCAUCACCAAAAAGGACAUACUGAAACACAUGGCCCAGAUGGCCAACCGAGACCCAGACUCUAUUCUCUUCAACUGAAGUGCCAGCCAGUUUGAAAGCAGAAAACAGCAGUCUGGCCAAAACGAUUUGCACUACAGAACUGUCAGUACUGGAUUAGCAUCCAUUCACACUGUGAAAUCUAUUUGUAGAGUCUCAUUGGUGCAGGCGCUGCGACCGCAGGAUGGAGAACCUUCUAUGCACUCCAGCAAACUGCUAAGAAUGACUUGAGUGCAAGCAAGUCUGUUUGCAGGUAACAUAUCAAUGCAUCAAAACAUAUCACAAUAUAUACAUGAUAACACUUUGUAGCAUAAAUUCACCCGCCUCGAUCGCAUCUCUCAAACCUAAAAUGCCUAAAAUGGAAAUAUAAAGGACAUCCUUUAGACAUUUUUAGUGGAGGAUUUCCCAAGAGUCCUCCUUCUGCUUUCCACUCCGCCACGGAUGUUGAUUAUAAGUUUUUACAUGUGCAUUUCUAGGUAUUUCUUCUUCUUUUUGACAGUUUAAAUGAGCGCUUACAAGUAUUCCAGCAUCUAAAAGCUCUAAAAGUUUCUGUGUUUUGGUCGAGUCUUAACAUUUUUACGAGUCUGAUGAUUUACAGUUUCCUUAUUUUGUUGAGCUUCACUACAUUUCCACGCUUUAUAAUCAGUGCUAAUCUGAACUGUGUAGUUUCAGCCAAGAGAUGAGGCUGUAAACUUUCUGUAAAUGUUUUCACGUCACAUGCACUUUUUCAAAUUUACAACCUCGUUUUUCACUACAAAUGAAAAGUUCUGAGUGUUGGUACCUUUUUUAAAAAUGAAACUAGUCUCUAAUGUUAACCAAGACAUAUGUAAACAGAUAAAAAAUAUGGCAAAACAUUUAAUAUUAUUCGGUUUCCAAUCAUAAUAUGUAGAGUUCAGAUGCAAAAACCUCUAAGUGCCGCCUCAAAUUCCUGUCUAAAAUGAGCAUUAUUCUCAGCCUCUUUUGUUGAUGUUAAUUUAUUUCAUUUUGAAGACCAUGAAAAGUUGUUGUUCUUUGACAUAAAAGAGAAACGUAAUAAACCUACUCGCAGGAGUCUGAUAAAAAUGCUGUUAUUAGAGGACAUUUCAGAUGGCAUUCAGAGGUUUUUGCAUCUGAACUCUUCCUAUAUUGUGACAUGUUAUAUCUUCCUGUGAUUCAAGGCUGAAGAUUCAACAUUAUAUCUCCAGUUUUGAGUCUCAUGAUCCUCCAGAAAUCAUUCUACUUAUUUUAAUGAUUCUAAAGUUUAAAAUAGCCACCUACAUAGGUCAAACAAAAAGUGCUCACGGGGAGCUUAAAUGAUGUGUCGGAACUCUUUGGAUAAGAGAUUCAUCAGCAAAAAAUCAGUCCAAGACACUCGAAACCUGAUGUGACCCUGAUGAAGGCAGUUCUGUGCCAUGUGAAUAAAGGCUUUUUAAUAUUUGUUUUUCCACAUUCUUCGACAGCCUUAGACAGAUUUUUUUUGUUUAAAAUAACUGCAUUUAUAUGAAAUUUUGGUAACACUUAAAAAGAAUUGUAGAGGGAAAAAAAACUGGGUGGGAGAAAAAAAAACAGAGGCAUAGGAAAAAAUAUUGAAGUUUUUGGGUUCCCUUGCAAAACAGUUUUUCCACAAACACUUCCUGUUCACUUCAUACAUGUCAACCCUUUAGUUUUUGCCGGGAUUCUCCCAUAUUUUGCCAUUCUAUCCAUCUAUCAUCCUAUCAUUAAUUAUUUUCCCAUUUUUCUGAUAUAGUUUUUAAUCUUGAUAGCACACUGAAGUUAAUAUAAAAAUGUCUGCAUCACUUUCCUUCCAUUAAAGCUGUGUUGAUCGUUGCCCUUCAUGUGCAACCUAUGAAUCAGCAAAUGCAUGUAUAAGUGCUGACUGACGGACAAGCUCUGUAUAAAAAACUGAUCCCGGAUCAGCUUCUGUACACAUCAUUUAAAGAAGAGCUAAAGUGCAGGUCACUUUGGGAUUCCGGUGUGUGUUUAAACGGACAAAUACACCUAAUAAUAUGAAAACAUGUCAGUCCUGCUUGUUUUAUUUUAAACACCUUAUUUUCUCUUAUUUGAGCACAAACAUUUACUAAAGAUAAUGGAAUGCUUUCAUUAUAGAUCUGUGCAUUCUUACAGUGACACCUCUGUUAUCAAACAAAACAAAACGGGAGAUUCAUUUGCUGUUCUUCACUUGUGUGAGAACAGAAGAAUCACUUUAAAUGGUGUGUACAGAAGCUGAUCUGGGAUUAGUUUAUCAUACAGAGCGUGUCCGUCAGUCAGCACUUAUACAUGCAUUCACUGAUCCAGGGGUUGCAUAUGAAGAGCGAUGAUCGACGCACAAGUUUAAUUAAAAGAAAGUGAACACAGACAUUUUAUAUUAACUUUAACAUACGUUCAAGAUAAAAAAUAUAUGCGAAAUAUGGAAAAAUACUUAAUGAUUAGAUGAUAGCAGGACAGAAUAGUAAAAUUCGGGAGAAUCCCAGCAAAAACGAGAGGGUUGACAUGUAUGAAUUGAACAGAAAGUGUUUGUGGUAAAACAUCUUUGCAAGGAAACGCAAAAACUUAAAAAAAAAAAAAAAAAAAAAAAAGUUUUCCUCUCACUCUUUUUUUUUUUUUGUGUCCACCCAUAUUUUCACCUCACCAUACGUCCCUUCUGAGUCUCUGUAUACUUAAGUUUAGGUCACAAUUCAUGCUAUUAACCACUGGCUUAUUACCUGUCUAUUUUUAAGAUGUUACUUGUUUAUUAGUAUCUAUAAAGUAGGAUUUUAUUCUACGUCCCUAAUCCUACUUAAAACCUAAACCCAACAACUACCUUACUAACUAUUAAUAAAUGGUUAAUUAGUAGUUUAUUAAGAUAGUAGUGUUCGUUAAUAGUUUGUUAAUACCGUGAAUUGUGAUCUAAAGUGUUACAGAAAUCUUUAGUAAAAUCUCUAACUUUUAAUCAAUUUAAUGCAUACUUGUUUAUAAAAUUGAAAAAAGUACCGGCCCCAAUCUUUUUUCAAUGUAGCGUACGUAUGUUUGUAAAACCACUGUUAUAAAUCACAUACUGCGUAGAAAUAUUUCUAAGCAAAUUAGGUUGGCAUUAUUUUUGCACAGUGUUUAUCGGAAAAGGCAUUAGGUUAUACUUUUAGUACAGAUUUCUGAAUAAGCUGUAAUCAAACUCACUAGUUCGUCUUUCAUUGACAUUUUCUGAAGCUUGACUGAAUGGUACGCAGGUUUUCUCCAUGAACAAAUGCUGCUUGUUUGCUUUGCCUCUUCCAUUUAUAUCCCUAUCACUUUGCAUGUCCCAAUGUAACCCGAGCAUGCCGUAUGUAGUCAUGUGUAAUUUCAUUAUAUGCAUACCAGCCCAAAUGUUCAAAGCCUGCAUCAGCCUCUUUGAAUAAGUUAACACUACAUUUAUUGAAUUCGCCUAAAUGAACGCUAAGAUCGUUUCGGAGAGUGCUUGAAACUCCUCUGAUGGCUCAUUGGCACGGUUGGUUUUCAGCUAGUUCUCACAGUAUUUCCAUUUCUAAUCAAAAAUAAAGGGCCACUUUAUUAAGAACAACUUAUAACGUUAUGUACUGAGAAUUGUUGAAAAAUAUGUAACUGUUUGUCAGCAAUCAUUUGUACUCAUGGUUUAAAUUGUGUGUGUAUGUGUGUGUUUUUUUCAAUGUCAGCAUUAUCCAUUAGUGUUAAAUAUGAAUGUCACGUUAUCAUUGUAAUUUAUUCAUAAACACUACAUAAAAUAUAAAGUAACAUCCUC